GUUUCAGCUUAUCAGCGUUGGAUUUACACAGCUGAGAGGAAAGAGAAGGUCGCAGAUUCGCUUCGUCGCCGACGGUCGUUGUUUAUGAGCUCGAAGGAGAGACCCACUCUUGGUGGUACGCGGAUUAAGACCCGCAAACGGAAUAUUACUGCUCCUCUGGACCCUGCAGCAUUUGCGGAUGUAGUGGUCCAGAUUUAUCUAGAUAAUACUGGUGAUCUGGAACUUGUUGCAAAGAGUAUUGAAUCUUCAGAUCUUAACUUCUCAAGAUACGGUGACACCUUCUUUGAGGUCAUCUUCACAGGUGGACGCACACAACCUGGAACAAUUAAGCCUGAUGAAGGGGAGCGCCACCCUUACUCUAUACUAGAUUGUGAGCCAAAACGUGAAGCCAUAUUACCAUCUGUAAUAUACAUUCAGAAGAUCCUGAGAAGAAAGCCUUUUCUCAUAAAGAAUCUUGAAAAUGUUAUCCAAAGAUUGUUACAGUCACUGGAACUUUUUGAGGAAGAUGGACGACAGAAGCUGGCUAUUUUCACAGCACUUGCAUUUUCUCAGAAGUUGUCAGGUCUCCCUCCAGAGACUGUAUUUCAGCCACUGCUCAAGGACAAUCUUGUGGCCAAAGGACUAGUGCUCUUGUUUGUAACAGAUUUCUUUAAGGAGUAUCUUAUUGAUAACAGCCUUGAUGAUUUGAUUUCAAUUCUGAAACGCGGAAAAAUGGAGGACAAUCUUCUAGACUUUUUCCCUUCUUCUAAGCGGACUGCUGAAGCAAUCUCUGAGCAUUUCAGCAAGGCAGGGCUUGUAUCCUUGGUUGAAUAUAAUGAGAAGAAAUUAUUUGAGGUAAAGCUUAAGGAAAUGAAAUCCACAUUGACAACACAGAUAGCAGAGGAAAGUGAGAUAUCUGAUGUCAUCGAGAAUGUGAAACAACAUGUUAAAGAUGCUAAGUUACCUGAUGUUGAAGUUGUGAGAAUUCUAUGGGAUGUCAUAAUGGACGCUGUUCAAUGGUCUGGGAAGAACCAGCAGCAGAAUGCUAAUUUAGCAUUGCGCCAGGUAAAAACAUGGGCAAGUUUGUUGAAUGUCUUCUGCACCACUGGAAAACUUGAGCUUGAGCUCAUCUACAAAGUUCAGACCCAAUGCUAUGAGGAUGCAAAGCUGAUGAAGUUAUUCCCUGAUAUUGUUAGAUCUCUCUAUGACCAAGAUGUGCUUGCAGAAGAUACUGUUCUUCAUUGGUUCCAGAAAGGAUCAAAUUCUAAGGGCAGACAAACUUUUGUCAAGUCUCUUGAGCCCUUUGUGAAAUGGCUAGAAGAGGCUGAAGAAGAGGACUGAAUCUUGCUUGAUACCAACGAAGCAGAUUUUUGAAUCAUAUGGACAUUGCCUAUCCAUUUCAGCAUUAGAACUCAGAGCAAAUGGGGGAUGUGACUUAAACCACAUGUUUCUUCAAAUGGAUGUCUUUUGUUGGAGAAGCCUAAUGCUUAUGAAUAUUUUCCAAAUAAACCGAAGAUGAUGCAUCUGCUACUCUGAUACUUUUAUAUUUUUUGUAAGAAAGUUUGAGUGAGGGAAUUGAAAUGGGUGUUGAAUUUGAGUAUAAGUGGAUUGGAUUUGUAUUUUAGAUGGCUUUUGGCUUUCUAUCAUAUAAAUUUGGUACCCUUUGUA